AUGGAGGCCAUGGUUCGUCUGUGUAUAUUGGGCCACCACCCAGCAGAGUUCAGGGGACAGGUGGAGGAGAGGAUGUAGGGAGGAUGAAUGUGUGUAAAAAAUAAAAUAAAAUUGUGGCCUGUCUUGUUUUGUGGUGGGGCACUGCUGAAAUAUUGUUCACCUGUGUUAUCUCGCUGGAGGAAGUCAUGCUGCCAAGCCCUGAGCACACAUUCUCCUCCUGCAAUGCACUCUGGGUAAGAAGGAAAAAAACAGAAAAAUAGGGCACUGGAGGGAAACAUGUCUCCUAGUGACCUUUGCGCGCUAUGAAUGAGCGAUGGGUUCAUUGCAUGCACAGAGUUAGUAGAAGGACAGAGUAAUAGAAGCAGCAGUUGGUGGAUGAGUAUGCUAGUUGGGCUGAACAUCAGUUUGAUAGACAAGAUGGGAGUGGAAAGGAAAGCAGCGUGUGAUGACGAAGAGGGCCUGGUGUUUCCCUGUCAGCGUCUAGCUGAGAUGUCAGGAAUGUUGUCUGUCAUGGCCAAACAGUAUGUUAGCAAUUUAUGAUUACCUCAAUGUGAAAGGUGGGAGAGAGCGAGAGAGAGGGAGAUAGAUAUACAGGGAGCGAGAGAGAGAGAGGGAGCUAGAGAGAGAGAGAGAGAGAGAGCGAGAGAGGGAGGGAGAUAGAUAGACAGGGAGCGAGAGAGAGAGGGAGCUAGAGAGAGAGGGAGGGAGGGAGGGAGGGAGGGAGGGAGGGAGGGAGGGAGGGAGGGAGGGAGGGAGGGAGAGAGAGAGAGAGAGGAGAGAGAGAGAGAGAGAGAGAGAGAGAGAAGCAGUGAGUUACCUCUGCUCCCCAUCUCAGUGUGUAAGUGGAAAAUUCCAGUUGACAUGCAGUAAAAGAGGAGGAUAGGCCUGUCCUGGCAGGGAAGAGGUUAAUCACGGCAGAGUCAGCCUGCGGGGCUCUGCAAACUGCCUAGGUGUUGAGCAAUCUGAGAGAGAGAGCGUUAGAGAGAGAGAGAGAGAGAGAGAGAGAGAGAGGGGGUGGAAACAGGGUGAAGUAGAGUGGUUGGCGAUAUAGAUAGAGGUAAGAAGGCAAGUGAGGGAGAUGUACAGAAAGUUAUUGUGUGUGCGUACACUUGUGCAUGUGUGUGUGUGUGUUAGCUGUCCUUUGUUUGUAACUUGGACUGUGAGUGUGUGUGUGUGUGUGUGUGUGUGUGUGUGCGUGCACUUGUUGUCUUCCUCUGCGGUGUGUGUGUGUGUAUUAGCUAUCCUUUGUUUGUAACUUAGACUGUGAGUGUGUGUGCCAACCUGUCCACCACCUUACUUGAGGCCUGGGACACCCCUUCUCUUCCGCCUAGCUGUCCCUUCUGUCUGUCUAGUCUGAACAGGCCUAGCCAGUCUGCCUCUCUAAAUCAAUCUUCUUCUUUGCAAAAGUCCUGUCUAAAAGACUUGCUAAUUCCAUGGCUCACAACCCCAGUCAGUUACUUAUGUUACAACCUUUAAUGAGGACACACAGAACACAUUUUUUUAAACUGCCUUUGUAAAUUAAGCUCAAUUCCAGUUAAUUUUGUGUUGAAAAUGUGUAUUCGGUACAGAGGGCACAGAUUCUAUCAGCCAUUAGUUUGUUAUUUAGUUCCACUGCUCCCUCAGUCCAGAAGAUUGAUAGUAGCAGUUGGGCUGAAGAGGGUAGGGGUCGGGGGCCAGGCCAGGGGUGUAGGGGGGUUGUAAUUGUUCUCUCCCACCUCCUGACUGCGACAGUCAGUGGCAGGUGUUACUGUCCGUUGGGUAAGGGGUCACACACUGGUUAUUUUGGGAAGGGAGGGCUGUGUAUGUGUGUGUGUGGGGUGGGGGUAGCAGUUGUUGGUUAAAGACAGUUAUGGCUUUGUGUCUCCUCCAAGAGUUACAGCCUCAGCUGCCCACCUACCCCCUCCACCCCCUACCCCUCACCGUCCAAACCCUCACCCUCCACCACCCCAACCACUCACCCUCCACCCCCUACCCCUCACAUCCCCUCACCCCCCUCCUCAACCCCUGACCCCAUACCCCGUACCCCUCACCCCCAAUCCCUCACCCCGUACCACGUAUCCCUCACCCCCAACCCCUCACCACACCCUCAACCUUCAGCCCCGCCAGCCAACCCUUGCUUAGUGCUGUGUGCAUGUGUGUGUCCGCAGUCCACACUGGCACCGGCUGCGCUAGCAGGGCCCUGGCCAAUCAGACUGGCUAGCACAGAUGUGACAGGCUGGGAGGAAUGCUAGGAAUGUGGAGGCGCUGGGGCGGGCGUGUCCCUCCUAAUCCUGGGGGAGGGGCCGGCCGGCCGGCUGGCUGACUGACUGGCUGCUUUAGUUCAGUAUCGGCAGGCCAGGCAGCUCAGCUUAGUGGAGAGAGAGGGAGAGAGAGAGUCAGAGAGGGGAGAUAGACAGAGGGGAUAGAGAGAGAGGGAGAGAGAGAGUCAGAGAGGGGAGACAGGCAGAGGGGAGAGAGAGAGAGACAGAGAGAGAGAGAGAGACAGAGAGAGAGAGGGGAGAGACAGAGAGGGGGGAGACAGACAGAGGGGAGAAAGAGAGGGACAGAGACAGAGAGAGGGGAGAAAUAGAGAGAGAGAGAGAGAGAGAGAGAGAGAGAGAGAGAGAGAGAGAACAAAGAGAAAAGCUAAACAUGUGCCUUUUUCCUUGGCCUUCUUUAGGCUCUGCUUGGUGUAAUUUACAUAACAGUACUACAUGUCAGGAGAGGAGUGCAGGCAGGCCAUCUCUAGCAGGCUAUCCUUGUGCCCUCUGUCUCUCUCUCUCUCUCCCCCCCCUCUCUUUCUCCCCUCUGUCUGUCUCCCCUCUCUCUGUCUCUCUCUCUCUCUCUCCCCUCUGUCUGUCUCCCCUCUCUCUGUCUCUCUCUCUGUCUCUCCCCCUCUCUCUCUCUCUUUCUCCCCUCUGUCUGUCUCCCCUCUCUCUGUCUCUCUCUCUCUCUCUUUCUCUUGUUUACUAUCUACUUCACUUGCUUUGGCAAUGUUAACAUACGUUUCCCAUGCCAAUAAAGCCCUUCAAUUGAAUUGAGAGGGGAGACAGACAGAGAGAACAAGGAGAGAGAGAGAGAGGGGAGACAGACAGAGGGGAGAAAGAGAGAGAGAAACAGAGGACACAGUGGGCUCAAGGAUAGCCUGCUAGAGAUGGCCUGCCUGCACUCCUCUCCUGACAUGUAGUACUUUUAUGUUAAUUACACCAAGCAGAGCAGAGCCUAAAGAAGGCCAAGGAAAAAGGCUUGUGGGGACAUUUCGCUGGGGACAAGGAAAAACGCUAAUUUAAAUUUAGGGAUUAGGUUUAGGGUUACAAUUAGGGUUACAAUUAAGAUUAGGAGUUAGGGGUUAAGGUAAGGGUUAGGUUAGGAGUUAGGGAUAAAAGGAGUUUGAAUGGGAAUAAAUUGUUUGAUUCCCACAAGGAUAGUAAAACAAACGAGUGUGUGUGCGUGUUUUAGAGGGAGUGCCAUGAGCGCAUGGCUGACUCUCAGUUACUGUCAGCGUGUGGGGGAGUUUAGGUCAUUAUUCAUGAUAGUGCAACUGUUGUCUCUCUUUCUCCCUUUAUUAAUCUAUCUCCUUCUUUCACAUAAAUACACCUACACUCUGAUACACAGACACAUACCGAUCCUCUUAAGGGGAACUUCCAAUCAUUACUCUAACUAGUCAGCAAAUGUUAAAGUGAGAUGUUUUGAAAUGCAGACCUCUCUACCGAGUACAAAAGAAACCCAAACUGUACCUGGAAAAUACUAAUCACUUAGAGCAUUGAUAGAUUCCACUGUUCUGUUGCUCUCUCAUUUGAAAAACGUCCAGAUAAGUUGCAUUCAGAGAAAAGUAACCCCUUUAAAGCCCCUGUCAUCUGUCUGGGCUAAAGCCAUUAAAGCCAAGAAUAGAAGGCCCUUCUCUGCCCGACCUGUUUGUGCAGAAUGUCAAGUGUAGAUGUUACAUAAUGAACAACAUGUUCCUUCUAUUUUUUUUAAGUACUGUGUCUGUAAUUAUGUGACCGCAGGAGGUGUCAGACGAGCUAAUGAAAUCAAAGCUCCUGAACCAGCCAGUUGUCGUUGUUUUAUUCGCCUGUUUAAAACAUUCUGCAACUCAUGUCCCAGGGUCAGUGCUAUAAACAAAUGUUCACCUACUGACUGAAAGGUUGAGUAAUGUGUGUGCUCCUAAUAAGAACCUUUUUGGAGGUCGACGGUUUGCUGCACCUAGCAUUGUGUUGAGCUCCUGGAGAUAUUUAGCAGCAGACCUUUAGCUCCACCUUGUGUUUGUUGUGUAUAAUCAUGUUAAUGUAGACGUUGCCCACAGACACAGAUCUAGGAUCAGCCUUUUCUUUCCAAAUCUGAACAACCUUUAGGGUGAAAAAUGCUUAACUGACCUUAGUUCAGUGCCUACUCCUUUAUCAUCUGUGUACCAGCUAUAGAAAAGCUAAUUUCACAAAUGGUUGCUAAAUGUGUGAAUGAGAUUUGUCUUUGUUUUCAGGUUGUAUUCUUCAUGGUAUUGUUCACCUCUCUGUUCCAGGUCGUAAUGAGUUGAUAGCUAGGUACAUCAAGCUGAGGACAGGCAAAACCCGCACAAGAAAACAGGUAACAAUACUUUUUAUUUUACAGCAAUGAGUUGAUAAAAAUGUUUUACCACUCAGACUUUAUAAUGACUUCAUUUUACAUUACAUUUACAUUUAAGUCAUUUAGCAGACAAAGUCAUUUAGCAGACACUCAUAUCCUGAGCAAAUGUACCUCAAUUUAUAUAAGUCUACAAGACUUAUUAGAUAUCCUGUAGGUGUAACAUUUGGAACAUGGGAACUAGAUAAAUAUGGAUUGCAGUAAUAGCUCAGCCAAUUGUGUCAGUAUUCUUUUAGUUUGUAGAAAUUAAAUCUCUUCUAUUUGUACUGAAGACAAGUAACACCAUCCAACUCAAAUCAAAGAUAAAAAAAAAAAAAUACAAAUAAAGUAACGUUGUGUGAAUCGCCUUCAUUUGAUGUUUGAGGAGCUGUAUAAUAUUGUGUGUGUGUGUUUGGUGUGUGUGUAUUUGGUAUGUGUGUGUUUGGUGGGUGUGUAUGUAUGUAUCCAUAUGUAUGUCCGUGUGUGUGUGCAUACUCUAUAUGUUUAUAACUGUCUCGCACCCCUUUAGGUAUCUAGUCACAUACAGGUGUUAGCACGGAAGAAAGUUCGAGAAUACCAAGCAGGUAUCAAGGUAGGUGCUACUGAACGGGCCUCCUGCCAACUGUGACUGGGCAUCUCUUUCCUCCUUGGUUACGGCCUCUCUUCUCUUCUCUCUCUCUCUCUCUCUCGGUCUCCUUUUCUCUUCUUCUCUUGACUCUUCUCCUCUUGGCUCUUCUUUUCUUGGCUCUUCUCCUCUUGGCUCUUCUUCUCUGCAGGUUUCUAGCCAUUUGCAGGUUCUCGCCCGGAGAAAAUCUCGCGAGAUCCAGUCAAAGCUGAAGGUAUGCGCUUCUCUGCGGGCUGGGCUGGGCGGGGCUGGUCAAGGCUUGGCUUUGCGCUAACCAAGUAGCUAGACGUUGUGCACUUCAGUUCCUCUUACAGCCGUAGAUGGAUAGGUUCUCCAUGACUAGAAAAUACCAACCAUGGUAAAUAGUACAGUAGGAGACUCUCUGUCUGCAUAGGGGUGUAUUGGCUUGAGGUCACCGUGUGACUCAUCAUGUAGGCUAACGUGUCUCGGAGAGACUAGAGCAACAAGUUAUAGCUAGUAGCUACCAUGCAUUCACGGAACAGGGAGAAACGGCUAAAAACAUGGUCAUCUGUUGACCACUGAAAUACAUCUCAAUGCUUAGUACAGUACUGUACAAAGCUGUAAAGAAAUGACAUUAUAGGAGCUGUCUUUAGUCUACUGGUUAUCCUGUAUACAGUCACUCAGCCUGUGGUGUAGCCUAGAGGAAUGCUGUGAGCAGUAUGAUCUGUCUGUGGUGAACGGUGUUGCUGCAUGAUGGCCUUGUCGCUACAGCUCCACGUCUGUCCCUAUUGUACCUAUGCCAGCCAUGCUUCUGCCUAUAGGCUUUCCUCAAAUCUUCCUCUGCCUUCAACCCUUCUCUCCUCUCUGACCCCAAUCUCCAUUGGAUCUCUCUGAAUGUUCUUUCUUCUGUAUGAGAGUCAACUACUCCAAUCGUAUGCAAAGACCUAAAUGUUAGAAUUAAACCAUCAUAUGGUUUGCACUACUAUAGCAGUGUGCUUAGAACAAGUGUCCUACCUGUAUACUUCUGCUAUACUACUUGAAUUUCUAGAUAAUAAUGAGUGUGCCCUAUUCCUCAUCAUGCUCCUCUGCGUAUAUUCAGCAGAAUAUAUAUCUACAGCGCAUUUGGAAAGUAUUCAGACCCCUUCACUUUUUCCACAUUUUGUUACGUUACAGCCUUAUUCUAAAACGGAUUACAAAAAAAAAACAUCCUCAUUAAUCUACACACAGUACCCUAUAAUGACAAAGCAAAUAAAUACAAAUGGAAAUAUCACAUUUACAUAAGUAUUCAGACAUUUACUCAGUACUUUGUUGAAGCACCUUUGGCAGCGAUUACAGCCUCGAGUCUUCUUGGGUAUGACGCUACAAGCUUUGCACACUGGUAAUUGGGGAGUUUCUCCCAUUCUUCUCUGCAGAUCCUCUCAAGUUCUGUCAGGUUGGAUGGGGAGCGUCGCUGCACAGCUAUUUUCAGGUCUCUCCAGAGAUGCUAGAUCGGGUUCGAGUCUUGGCUGUGUGUUUACGGUCGUUGUCCUGUUGGAAGGUGAACGUUCGCCCCAGUCUGAGGUCCUGAGCACUCUGGAGCAGGUUUUCAUCAAGGAUCUCUCAGUCCUUUGCUCCGUUCAUCUUUUCCUCAAUUCUGAAUAGUCUCCCAGUCGCUGCCACUGAAAAACAUCGAAGGGAUGGUGCCAGGUUUCCUCCAGAUGGGACGCUUGCCAUUCAGGCCAAAGAAUUCAAUGUUGGUUUCAUCAGACCAGAAAACUUGUUUCUCAUGGUCUGAGAGUCCUUUAGGUGCCUUUUGGCAAACUCCAAGCGGGCUGUCAUGUGCCUUUUACUGAGGAGGGGCUUCCGUCUGGCCACUCUACCAUAAAGGCCUGAUUGGUGGAGUGCUGCAGAGAUGGUUGUCCUUCUGGAAGAUUCUCCCAUCUCCACAGAGGAACUGGAGCUCUGUCAGAGUGACCAUUGGGUUCUUGGUCACCUCCCUGACCAAGGCCCUUCUCCCAAGAUUGCUCAGUUUGGCCGGGCGGCCAGCUCUAGGAAGAGUCUUGGUGGUUCCAAACGUAUUACAUUUAAGAAUGAUGGAGGCCACUGUGUUCUUGGGGACCUUCAAUGCUGCAGAAAUGUUGGGGUACCCUUCCCCAGAUAUGUGCCUCGACACAAUCCUAUCUCUGAGCUAUAUGGACAAUUCCUUCGACCUCAUGGCUUGGUUUUUGCUCUGACAUGCACUGUCAAAUGUGGGACCUUAUAUAGACAGGUGUUUGCCUUUCCAAAUCAUGUCCAAUCAAUUGAAUUUACCACAGGUGGACUCCAAUCAAGUUGUAGAAACAUCUCACGGAUGAUCAAUGGAAACAGGAUGCACCUGAGCUCAAUUUCAAGUGUCAUAGCAACGUGUUUUGCCACAGGUCGACUCCAAUCAAGUUGUAGAAACUUUAAUACAUUUAAAAUUAAGGCUGUAACGUAACAAAAUGGGGAAAAAGUCAAGGGGUCUGAAUACUUAUGAAUAUAUAAUGAAUACAUGCCACUUGUCUUCAUUCCAUCAUCAGAGGACUGCAGGCAGAGGUGUUACAGUUACACUAAUCCUCAUCCAGCUUUAGAUCUUCAUUAUAUCCCUCAACCCCAAAACAACUGCAAACACAAAGUGAAUCAGCGUACACUUAUAGUGUGCCUGAGGAAAUUAUUGUGUUAAAGUGUAUAUUACUGUCAGUUAGCAUACUGUGUAAAUCAUUUUACAAAAAUGUAGUUGCUAGUUCACCCUUUGCCUUCAUUGAAGUUUAUUGGACCUUCUUUAUUUAGACUUCUCUAUUUAUUUUCUAGUAGACUGUAUCUAGUAGACUGAUAAGGAACCUGCAUUAUUGUAACCACCUCAAUGUUUGGACAUUUAUUGGAAUGAGAGGGAUAUACUCUACCUUUCCCUACAUUAUUGUCCCUAGCGCAGUUCCUGUCCCAGUUAAAUUCAGCUCCCAUUUCCUUAUAUCAGGGCUCCUUAUGGGGUAUUUAGAAAGAACUACAUAAGAGAUGUUGCAGUUGGUUUAGUAUUAAUUUGACUGAUGUGAGAUAUAUGCGGCCCACCUGUUGUAUGUUUAACACCCCUGGCUUAGAGCCAACAGAUAUAGUGCAUUAUCACUUGUUAUAAGUCCUUAUAAUGUUUUAUUAUUUACUCUUUCUAUGUUCUGCCUUUGUAUGUAACAGUUUUUCAACAGGCUCAAAAGGAGAUGAUACUAAGUCAUUAUAAAGUCUUGCAAUGCAUUUAUGAGCGCAUCAUAAUGCAUUAUACCGUCUAUCUCUAUAAUGAAUUAUACCUGUUGUCUUUCAGUUAGUGUUUCCUAGCUUUUCUUCAGGGAUAAGAACAUUCAUUUUAUGUCAACAUCCUAGUGACCUACAGUACAGCUAGAACUUGUCCAUUAUUGCUGAUUUUAGUUUGUACUGACACAGCCUAUAAGCAAACCCAUAGUUUAUCACAGUAUCCCUGUAAGUAUAUGCCUUUAGAUGUGUAUACUAAUGGUUUCUCUUUCCUUUGAUUUAGGCCAUGAACUUGGUAAGUGGAUUUGACUUUUGAGAUUUGCUUCCCUCCUGCUUGGCGGUGCCAGAGCAUUGUCCACUCCGCUAAUGCCCUCUGCUGGCAUGGCAACCCAACCCCACUACUAUCCCAUAAUAAACCAGAUCUUAGGAAUAGGAAACGUGUGUGCUUGGAACCACAUUGCUGUGCAUCGUAUCUGAUCAUGAUUGAUUAUCAUGUUUUUGCAGGGUGAUUCUGCUUCUCUGAGGACAUACUUCUUAACACUUGUUUAGUUUAUGCUACAUAUGCAGACACAAAAAAAAGUCUGCAACAGCAUUAGCAAACAUUACAUGUCAGUUCCAAAUCAAAUCAAAUCAAAAUGUAUUGGUCACACACACAUAUUUAGCAGAUGUGCUAAAUGCUUCCAAUUCCAUAGGCUAUUGUUGAUACAAAACUGUGAUCCAAGAGAAUGUUCAGGCAUGGUGAAAUCUGGAUGCAAAACCAGAAACUUUUUCUGAUCAAUACUUUGAAGGACCAAUAUCACGAUCCGAUUGAGCGUCCCCUAGAUAAUAUUAUAAUUAUUUUCACAGAUUGUUUUGUCCAAUUAUGAGGCAGUGCAUUUACAGUUGAAGUCGGAAGUUUACAUACACUUAGGUUGGAGUCAUUAAAACUUGUUUUUCAACCACUCCACACAUUUCUUGUUAACAAACUAUAGUUUUGGCAAGUCGGUUAGGACAUCUACUUUGUGCAGGACACAAGUAAUUUUUCCAACAAUUGUUUACAGACAGAUUAUUUCACUUAUAAUUCACUGUAUCACAAUUCCAGUGGGUCAGAAGUUUACAUACACUAAGUUGACCGUGCCUUUAAACAGCUUGGAAAAUUCCAGAAAAUGAUGUCAUGGCUUUAGAAGCUUCUGAUAGGCUAAUUGACAUCAUUUGAGUCAAUUGGAGGUGUACCUGUGGAUGUAUUUCAAGGCCUACCUUCAAACUCAGUGCCUCUGUGCUUGACAUCAUGGGAAUAUCUAAAGAAAUCAGCCAAGACCUCAGAAAAAAUAUUGUAGACCUGCACAAGUCUGGUUCAUCCUUGGGAGCAAUUUCCAAAUGCCUGAAGGUACCACGUUCAUCUGUACACACAAUAGUACGCAAGUAUAAACACCAUGGGACCAUACAGCCGUCAUACCGCUCAGGAAGGAGACGCGUUCUGUCUCCUAGAGAUGAACGUUCUUUGGUUCGAAAAGUGCAAAUCAAUCCCAGAACAACAGCAAAGGACCUUGUGAAGAUGCUGGAGGAAACAGGUACAAAAGUAUCUAUAUCCACAGUAAAACAAGUCCUAUAUUGACAUAACCUGAAAGGCCGCUCAGCAAGGAAGAAGCCACUGCUCCAAAACCUACAUAAAAAAGCCAGACUAUGGUUUGCAACUGCACAUGGGGACAAAGAUCGUACUUUUUGGAGAAAUGUCCUCUGGUCUGAUGAAACAAAAAUAGAACUGUUUGGCCAUAAUGACUAUCGUUAUGUUUUGAGGAAAAAGGGGGACUUGCAAGCUGAAGAACACCAUCCCAACCGUGAAGCACGGAGGUGCCAGCAUCAUGCUGUGGGGGUGCUUUGCUGCAGGAGGGACUGGUGCACUUCACAAAAUAGAUGGCAUAUAUUGAAGCAACAUCUCAAGACAUCAGUCAGGAAGUUAAAGCUUGGUCACAAAUGGGUCUUCCAAAUGGACAAUGACCCCACGCAUACUUCCAAAGUUGUGGCAAAAUGGCUUAAGGACAACAAAGUCAAGGUAUUGGAGUGGCCAUCACAAAGCCCUGACCUCAAUCCUAUAGAAAAUGUGUGGGCAGAACUGAAAAGGCGUGUGUGAGCAAGGAGGCCUACAAACCUGACUCAGUUACACCAGCUCUGUCAGGAGGAAUGGGCCAAAAUUCAGCCAACUUAUUGUGGAAGGCUUGUGGAAGGCUACCCGAACCGUUUGACCCAAGUUAAACAAUUUAAAGGCAAUUCUACCAAAUACUAAUUGAGUGUAUGUAAACUUCUGACCCACUGGGAAUGUGAUGAAAGAAAUAAAAGCUGAAAUAAAUAAUUCUCUCUACUAUUAUUCUGACAUUUCACAUUCUUAAAAUAAAGUGGUGAUCCUAACUGACCCAAGACAGGGAAUUUUUACUAGGAUUAAAUGUCAGGAAUAGUGAAAAGCUGAGUUUAAAUGUAUUUGGCUAAGGUGUAUGUAAACUUCUGACUUCAACUGUGUGUAGAGCAUAGGUUCAGCGAUCUUCUAUACUGUACACAGUUAUAUGACCCCAUCCACUACCAAUGUGUACGGUACUACUUAACCUAGGGAUGCACUUACACCAUUUAGUGCUAGAAUCAUCACAGCACAGUGUGAUACUGUAGAGAAACAUAAACAUUACCUGUGUUCCUCUACCUGGUCAGAGUCUAUAGUCAGUUAUGGCUCAGUAAAUCACUGAUACCAGUUUCACACAGUGCACUCACUGUGUUUUGUAACUUUCAUUUUGACUUUGUUGAUGCUAAAGAUUUGGCAUUUGGAGAUUCUUUAGGUCAGCUUUCUGCUGCUUCUACAGGUACAUCUCUUUCCUAUUUCAAGACGGCAGUAAUACUACCAACAAGGCAAAUGUAGGAUAAUGUUGUUUCUCCUGCUAAGAAAUGUCACAUAGUUGCACAGUGAUGAGAAUACACCUAAAGGUGUUGGCCUUUAGAGAUUUUACCUCACGGCUCCCACAACUGUGGGGACUGGGGAGUUUAGUGCAACUUAACUAUCCUCUCUCUCUCUGCUUUGUACAAUGACAAUAUGAUUGUAAUAUUGCUAUGAGGGUUAGAUACUGGUUCUAGUGUGGUGAGGCACACACAAAGUGCUGUUUCUGAUGUUUCAGUGUUAUUUUGCUGGUAGACAUACAGUAAAGUUAAAUGCUCUUGAAUGUCCAGGUACAAUAAUGCCAAGCUUAAUCAUCUACGCUUUUCUUUUCUAUCACUGACCAUUACAAUCAGCAGAACGUUCCAGACAAAUCACCUUCAUACCAAUUGCAAUCUGACCAUAUACAGUGCAGUGUACUGGCCAAUGCAGCCAUUAGUCCUACAGUAUAUAUUCAUCUAGAGUCCUCUGAAACAGAGGAACUUUUUACUAUUGCAGUCUUAUUUUCUAUUUUACUGCCUUUUUCCAUAAUAAGAGUGGUCUUUCUGCAAGAGGCUUUUCCUUCAAGGUCUCUACUAAUUAGAAUCAUGUGACUCCUGGAAUGUUCUGUUUGAUUAUGUGGCUUAAAAGCUUUUUCAUCUGCUCUUCGUUGAAUGGUACAAUUAAUCAUAUACAUGUUCUCUUCAUGUCUUAUUAAUUAUUGUAGCCUGGUAGUACUCCAGACAUAGUGGCAGUUAAGACUCAGAUCUGCUUUUUGUUUACUGAAGAUCCUAAUGGGAGCACAUAAGAAGCUCAGAGAAUGUUAUAUUUACAGUAUAAAUAUAGUAGUGAUAGCUAGUAGUAAUAGUUGUAACUAUUGAACCAACUGUGUUCCUCUUGGGGCACUGUGAGUACUGUAGUAGUUAUGUCAACCAGGUCAGUGUAUACUAGGUGUUAGACUGCCCCCUAGUGGUGCAUCUCCCUCACCUACUCCUCCUCAUCCACAGGACCAGGCAUCUAAAGACAAGGCCCUCCAGAACAUGGCAGCAUUGUCGUCUGCUCAGAUCGUGUCUCCGAGCCUGAUCAAGAGCCAGCUACCCCCACUGCCCCACUCUCCCUACCCCCCGCAAGCCAGGGUGAGCUCUUCUACACUGGGUUUGGGGUUGCAAUGAUUGCUUUUGUUCUGCAUUGACACUAUUUACAAGUAUUAUGUUAUUGUUGUACUAGUAAUUGAUGUAGGCUAUGGGAAUACAGUACAGUCCCUGAUCUACUUCAUGUAAAGCUUGACCAAAUGAGCCUGUGAAUAUAUAGUUGAAGUCAGAAGUUUACAUACACUUAGGUUGGAGUCAUUAAAACUCGUUUUUCAACCACUCCACAAAUGUCUUGUUAACAAACUAUAGUUUCGGCAAGUAAUUUAGGACAUCUACUUUGUGCAUGACACAAGUAAUUUUUCCAACAAUUAUUUACAGACAGAUUAUUUCAGUUAUAAUUCACUGUAUCACAAUUCCAGUGGGUCAGAAGUUUACAUACACUAAGUUGACUGUGCCUUUAAACAGCUUGGAAAAUUCCAGAAAAUGAUGUCAUGGCUUUAGAAGCUUCUGAUAGGCUAAUUGACUGACAUAUUUCAAGGCCUACCUUCAAACUCAGUGCCUCUUUGCUUGACAUCAUGGGAAAAUCAAAAUAAAUCAGCCAAGACCUCAGAAAAAAAAUUGUAGACCUCCACAAGUCUGGUUCAUCCUUGGGAGCAAUUUCCAAAUGCCUGAAGGUACCACGUUCAUCUAUACAAACAAUAGUACGCAAGUAUAAACACCAUGGGACCACGCAGCCGUCAUACCGCUCAGGAAGGAGACGCGUUCUGUCUCCUAGAGAUGAACAUACUUUGGUGCGAAAAGUGCAAAUCAAUCCAAGAACAACAGCAAAGGACCCUGUGAAGAUGCUGGAGGAAACCAGUACAAAAGUAUCUAUAUCCACAGUAAAACGAGUCCUAUAUCGACACAACCUGAAAGGCCGCUCAGCAAGGAAGAAGCCACUGCUCCAAAACCGCCAUAAAAAAGCCAGACUAUGGUUUGCAACUGCACAUGGGGACAAAGAUCGUACUUUUUGGAGAAAUGUCCUCUGGUCUGAUAAAAGAGAAAUAUAACUGUUUGGCCAUAAUGACCAUCGUUAUGUUUGGAGGAAAAAAGGGAGCUUGCAAGCUGAAGAACACCAUCCCAACCGUGAAGCACGGAGGUGGCAGCAUCAUGCUGUGGGGGUGCUUUGCUGCAGGAGGGACUGGUGCACUUCACAAAAUAGAUGGCAUAUAUUGAAGCAACAUCUCAAGACAUCAGUCAGGAAGUUAAAGCUUGGUCGCAAAUGGGUCUUCCAAAUGGACAAUGACCCCACGCAUACUUCCAAAGUUGUGGCAAAAUGGCUUAAGGACAACAAAGUCAAGGUAUUGGAGUGGCCAUCACAAAGCCCUGAUCUCAAUCCUAUAGAAAAUGUGUCGGCAGAACUGAAAAGGCGUGUGUGAGCAAGGAGGCCUACAAACCUGACUCAGUUACACCAGCUCUGUCAGGAGGAAUGGGCCAAAAUUCAGCCAACUUAUUGUGGGAGGCUUGUGGAAGGCUACCCGAAACGUUUGACCCAAGUUAAACCAUUUAAAGGCAAUUCUACCAAAUACUAAUUGAGUGUAUGUAAACUUCUGACCCACUGGGAAUGUGAUGAAAGAAAUAAAAGCUGAAAUAAAUAAUUCUCUCUACUAUUAUUCUGACAUUUCACAUUCUUAAAAUAAAGUGGUGAUCCUAACUGACCUAAGACUGGGAAUUUUUACUAGGAUUAAAUGUCAGCAAUAGUGAAAAGCAGAGUUUAAAUGUAUUUGGCUAAGGUGUAUGUAAACUUCCGACUUCAACUGUAUAACUUGAGGACAGAGCUUUUGUGAAACUCUGUUGAACCGACUCCGUUACCUUUGCCUUCCAGUUUUGGCCAGGCCCUAUCCCAGGACAACCCGGCCCCUCUCAGGAGUGAGUAUGACUGAAUGUGUUUACUAUCGGUUGAGUGACAGGUUCAGGUGUUUGGACUGUGCGUUUGAUUGGUUGUUUGAUUGAUUGACACUUGGUGUGAUUGGAAUGGCGGGUUCUCUUUGGCACGUUUAACGGAUCGCAUUUGUGCACAUCAGGCUGAUUCUAGAGCUCAACCAGGGAAGGACUCCUGGGUUUGGCCGCACCAGCUAUGCGUAAGUUUCCUCCUGGUCCAGCUGUAGCACCAAGGCAGCACUAACUCUGCUUCAGUAUGUGUCCUGCUCCUGCACUAACUUUACGACCAGGGCACAACCAGCUUCACAUCUGAGAGCGAGAAGACCAAACAUGCUGUGAAGUUGUUUGCGAAGUCGUUCCGUUCUGGCCAUUUGGGAUGUAAAGACGUUACACGAUAGGGUGAUUUCAUGACAAACUGGGGGCAUAGUGGUACAUUAGUCUAUGACAACACCUCACUUGAGAUCCAUGUUUGUCACUCCAAUUUUAAAGCAAAUCUUCCAUUGACAUUUAUGCAUGACUUGCACAAAAAGCGUAUCUGAAGUUAGGAUUUGGCCCAUUGUGAACGUUCACAUGUCACACUUAAAUGAUGUGCCACAAUCACAUGAGCAGAGAAUGUCCGCAGAGAAACAUCAAUCAAAUAAUCAAUCCACCAAUCAGUCAGCGUACGUUAAUAGCAUCACUAUGUGUAUGGUGUAGAGCAAUAUGACAGAGUGAAGCAGAGGUGGACUUACACCUAGCUGGUGCAGCCACAGACACAUGCCUAUGUUGAGAAACGUGUCAUAAUACUGUGGAUCCACGUCUGUCUGACAUGCCUAUGUUGAGAAACGUGUCAUAAUACUGUGGAUCCACGUCUGUCUGACAUGCCUAUGUUGAGAAACGUGUCAUAAUACUGUGGAUCCACGUCUGUCUGACAUGCCUAUGUUGAGAAACGUGUCAUAAUACUGUGGAUCCACGUCUGUCUGACAUGCCUAUGUUGAGAAACGUGUCAUAUUACUGUGGAUCCACGUCUGUCUGACAUGCCUAUGUUGAGAAACGUGUCAUAAUACUGUGGAUCCACGUCUGUCUGACAUGCCUAUGUUGGGAAACGUGUCAUAAUACUGUGGAUCCACGUCUGUCUGACAUGCCUAUGUUGAGAAACGUGUCAUAAUACUGUGGAUCCACGUCUGUCUGACAUGCCAAUGAAGCCCAAAGCAACAUGCCACUAGCAUAACCAGGUUUCACAUGGAAUUUCACUUUUGGAAAUAUGUGGAAUAAACACAGUUGGAUGAAAACUGAAAAGUUUGACUCCUCAACUGUGGUGUGAUAAUCAUUCUCUCUUUCAGUAUCAAACCUUUUGCACCGUCUCCAUACACAACUCUACCAGGCCCCCCCCCUCCCCCUAUAUCAAGUGAGUAUGGAGUCAAAGUCAGUUAGCUUUCAUCUUCAUUCAUACAUUCAUACAGUACGUCCUCAUUCAUGAUAUCUAAAAGGGAGAACUGUCCAAAGAUGGCAGUAAUGAAACAUGUGAUAUAACAUACACAUCAGCAGUAUAUCUGGUGCUUAACAUUAAUACAGAAAUUAAAAUCAGUCUCUCUCUCUCUCAGACUAUGAGCCUUUGGCACCCCCCCUGCCCCCGGCUGCUACGGCGGUGCCCGUGUGGCAGGACCGGACCAUCGCCUCCUCCAAGCUGCGGAUGUUAGAGUACUCUGCCUUCAUGGAGGUGCAGAGGGACCCCGACAACGUGAGUCACCAAACCAACUACACCACCAAACCACAUUAACCAACCACACUAACCAACCAGUGCUAAUCAAAGUUGUCAAUAAAGGCCUAUGUUUUGCAGUCCACAUAGUUACACUAGUCAGACUCAAUGUCUAGCGCUAACUCAGUAUGGUCAAGCUAGACUUCUGUCAUGGCGGCUAGUCUGACCAUCUUCCUCUCUCUCCCCCUGCAGUACAGCAAACACCUGUUUGUCCACAUUGGCCAGACCAACCCGUCCUACAGCGACCCUCUGCUGGAGGCAGUGGACAUCAGGCAGAUCUACGACAAGUUCCCAGAGAAGAAGGGCGGACUCAAAGAGCUUUAUGAGAAAGGCCCCCAGAACGCCUUUUUCCUAGUCAAAUUUUGGGUGGGUGAUGAUGACGUCAUCCGGUUCAAUAAUGUAUUUAUACUGAUGGUUUGACAAAUCAAUUUAAUUAUUGUUUUAUCCUCACCUUGAAUUAUUUUACUGGGCAGUGUAUGGAUUUUAAACCUACACUGUCACACCGUCGCACAUUCACACUGUCACACAUUUACACUGUCACACAGUCACACUCUCACACAGUCACACUGUCACACAGUCACACUCUCACACAUUCACACUCUCACACAGUCACACUCACACAGUCACACUGUCACACAGUCACACUCUCACACAGUCACACUCUCACACAGUCACACUCUCACACAGUCACACAGUCACACUCUCACACAGUCACACUCUCACACAGUCACACUCUCACACAGUCACACUCUCACACAGUCACACAGUCCCUUUUGGUAGUUUGAGUAUUCUGUCCUUUAUUGUUUUAUCCUCACCUUGAAUUAUUUUACUGGGCAGUGUAUGGAUUUUAAACCUACACUGUUAUACCCUAACAUAUUCACACUGUCACACAUUUACACUGUCACACAGUCACACUCUCACACUCACACAGUCACACAGUCACACUCUCUCACAGUCACACUCACACAGUCACACUCUCACACUCACACAGUCACACUCUCACACUCACACAGUCACACUCUCACACUCACACAGUCACACUCUCACACAGUCACACUGUCACACUCUCACACAGUCACACAGUCACUCUCACAGUCACACUCUCACACUGUCACACAGUCACACUCUCACACAGUCACACUCUCACACAGUCACACAGUCACACUCUCACAGUCACACUCUCACACUGUCACAAAGUCACACUGUCACACAGUCACACUCUCACACAGUCAUACUCUCACACAGUCACACUCUCAUACAGUCAAACUGUCACACAGUCACACAGUCACACAGUCACACUCUCACACAGUCAUACUCUCACACAGUCACACUCCCACACAGUCACACUCUCACACAGUCACACUCUCACACUGUCACAAAGUCACACUGUCACACAGUCACACUCUCACACAGUCAUACUCUCACACAGUCACACUCUCAUACAGUCAAACUGUCACACAGUCACAGUCACACAGUCACACUCUCACACAGUCACACUCUCACAGUCACACUCUCACACUGUCACAAAGUCACACUGUCACACAGUCACACUCUCACACAGUCAUACUCUCACACUGUCACACUCUCACACAGUCACACUCUAACACAGUCACACAGUCACACUCUCACAGUCACACUCUCACACUGUCACACAGUCACACUCUCACACAGUCACACUCUCACACAGUCACACAGUCACAGUCACACUCUCACACUGUCACAAAGUCACACAGUCACACUCUCACACAGUCAUACUCUCACACAGUCACACUCUCAUACAGUCAAACUGUCACACAGUCACACUCACACAGUCACACAGUCAUACUCUCACACAGUCACACUCUCACACAGUCACACUCUCACACAGUCACACAGUCCCUUUUGGUAGUUUGAGUAUUCUGUCCUUUAGAGUAGAAUAAAACCAAAGGGUUUAGGCCUGUUAUCUUAGCUUUAAUCUGACUUGUCCUGUGUGUGUCCUGUCUCUGCAGGCGGAUCUGAACAGCAGUGGCAUGCAGGACGGCCCAGGCUCCUUCUACGGAGUUAGCAGCCAGUACAGCAGCUCUGAGAACAUGACCAUCACCGUCUCCACCAAAGUCUGCUCCUUCGGCAAACAGGUGGUUGAGAAAGUUGAGGUGAGGCCGUUGUCCACUGGGUCUGCUUUAUAGUCACAAAAACAGCUGUCAGGUCGUUCCAGGUAGAAGAUAAAGGUUAAAUUAAAUGUACUGUCAGACACUAUAAUUGCAUUUCAUGCAAUCACGUUUACCUCAAGUCAGAUGUUUGCUGUUUUGCCGAGUUUUAAAAUCUCUCCUUUUGUGAAUUUCAGACGGAGUACGCCCGGAUGGAGGGAGGGAAGUGUGUCUACAGGAUCCACCGCUCUCCCAUGUGCGAGUACAUGAUCAACUUCAUCCACAAGCUCAAACACCUGCCAGAAAAAUACAUGAUGAACAGUGUUCUGGAAAACUUCACUAUACUUCAGGUAACAUUAUGCUUUAUUACAAGAUAAUAAGAUAGUAACUAAUUUACAAUUUGAGAAUACACUGUGACUAUUUCAACCUAGAACAAUAGAUUAUAUGUUUUUGACCUCAUUGGUUUUGCUUCAUUGUUCCUCCUUUUGUUGUGCUUCGUGAAUUGAUUGAUUGAUUGAUAUGUCACCUACUGUAUAGGACUACAAGUAUACGACUACAAGUGGAUGACCUGUAUUUGACCUGGUGUUGUCCUACUUCUGUUCCAUUCCCCAGGUGGUGACAGACCGUGACACCCAGGAGACCUUGCUAUGUAUAGCUUUUGUGUUCGAGGUCUCGACGAGUGAACACGGGGCACAGUACCACGUCUACAGGCUCGUGAAAGACUGA